UCAUUAAUAUGCUAGUGAAAGCACGCCACAAUGCGAUGUUGCUUCGGUAGACCUGCAAGCAGGCCAUUGACGCCGAGGCGAGCCCCUAUUCCGACGCCAGCUACGAGUUGUAACAUAGCUAGCGAAAGAUAUGAGGUAGCGAGCACAUGUCCGACGGUUAAGUCAUCCGCGACGGUCGAGGUAGCUGAUUGCGCUUGUAACGCAACAACCCUUGAGGACUCCGUGCAAACAGCAUGCAAGCCAUGGCUUACAAGUCUAUCGCUCCGACUGUUGGAAUAUGCUGCUAAUCACAAAAUUUGGGCUGCUUGGCGUUGGACAAUUACUGAUGAUGGCAAAGUAGCGGUCCUCCUCGCUGCUGUGCCAGCUUUGGCAGAUGGACUACACCUCUUGGCGCUUGGCGCAUCCAUUGAUCUUACGAGGGGGGAUCCUUUGGGUAUUGCGCGCGCGGUUUCAUGCCGGGCACCAGUAUCUAUGGUGAUCCCAGCAGAUGGGCACGCUCCAGCAGACCUACUGCUCGACGUCAGGGCUCUCCGAGCCCAGGGCUGCGGCCACGACAUCCUCAAACGUGUGGAACAAGGCGCUGCCGAAGCCAAGGGCAGCGCAUGGCAUCUCGCAGCUCUUCCACUUAUUGUGGAUGACAAAGCAGUGGGCGCGCUGGUUGUCGUCCUGCACGACGAUGACGUUGCUGCGGAAGCAGCACCGGAAGCAGCACCAGGGCAUGCGGGUCCGGGUCCCGCAUGCCGCCCUGGCUCCGCGCCCCUCACAGUCAUGGCUGCCGAGGCGUCUAGCUUGGACUGCGAAGUCUUCGGUGGAACAGGUGGUGCUCGCGCAUACGCUGAUAAGGUGUGCUUGCUGGCUGCGGCCAUCAGCAAAGCGCCGGAUCAUGGCCUCGCCCUGCAGCUCGCAGCAUUACAUCUUCAGGACGCACUCCGACUCACGACCGCCAUGUCACCAUCACCCGCCCAGCUUCCAGUCUCACAGGCGCGCCCUGUAACGCUGCACGUGACUAUUGGCCUGAUCGUCUGCAGCAGCGGAAGCCAUGAGGCCGGCGAGGACAGCAGCGGCAGGGGUAGCGGCAGCGACAGGGGCAGUCACACGAGCAUCAAUGCUGGCUUGCAUAGCCCGAGUCCAGGGAACUGCCACCCUACCGCCAGCGCUGCUACGGCCGCUACUACCCAUGCACCCACUCCCUCAGCCGCUUCUCCUGCUCCUCCACCGCACCCGCAGCCUCACCUAAAGCUGCGUCUCUAUUGCAAGCCCGGGUCCGUCCAAGCUCCCGUAGUCUUGCCUGCGCAUGAUACCCUCCUACCACUGCUAGCGGCCCAAGGACGCCAAGAGGACCCACACUGCCGAGAGUGCGGCGCCAGCAGCUCCUGUCGGGCGACCUCCGUUGUACCCGCGGCAACGGCAGCAGCACCACCACCUCCCGUACCGUUACCUUGCGUUGCAAUUGCAGCCAGCAACCCAGCAAGGCAAACACAUCAACUGCAGCAGGAGCAGCAGCAGUCACUAUUAUGUCCGUUGCAGCGCCAACGGUCGUUGGUGCUGAAGCCGAACCAGCUCUUAGCGGUCUCCAGAAGCCCAGCUGGGGCAGCCGCCGACCUCCGUGCAAUUGAGGCCUCCGCCGCCGCCAUGACUGCCGAUACAAGUGCUGCCGUUGGUUCUGCUGCCGCCUCCUCCUCCGCGGCCACCGGAACUGUCACCACCUCCAGCGGUGUCCACCAUGCUCAUGGUCCCGGGAGCGGCUACGCACUGGUUCUGGUGUCAUGCCCGUUGCCGGGUGUUCACGUGGGGCACCAGCCUGCAAGCGACAAGGGAAGCAAUAGCAGUAACAGCAGCAACACUAGCGCCGGUUGCACUAGUGGUGUUGGUAUCUGCAUGAAGGAUGACGAUUGCAGCAGCAGCAGCAGCGACGGGGCGUGUGCCAUCGUGGCCUAUGUGCGCUGCACCGCUGCUGCCGCGGCCGCCGCAACAACUGCUCAAGCAGACCGUGGGAUGACGCAGCAACAGCAGCAGCAGCAAGCAGCAGGCUCGGACGCUCAGCUGCGGUUCGUUGCUGCUCAUGUAAGCAGCUUGCUUGAGGUGGUAGCUGGUGCGCUGGCCCAGCGGAUGCGCACCGCAAACCCCAUUUCAACCCUGACUGCGACCGCAGCUGCCGCCAAGGGCCGCAGCCACCCCUCGGAGGAAACGCCCACGUCAGCAACACCGCCAUCAUCAUCAGCCUGUGGGCAGCAGCGGCCCGAGCAGCCGCAGGAAGAGGGGCAGCAGCACCAGCGCUGGCAUACAUCAGAGAUGCAGCGCGAGCGGGUGCAAUGCGAGGCAGGCUGCCAACAGCAGCAGCACGAGCCGCGUGGAUGCAAGGGUGUUAUGGGACGUGACGAGGGGACGGCGUCUGAGGCGUUGCUUGUGGAUCUGGCGGCAUCCGAGUCUGCAGCACCUGCAGCAGUUCACGACCACCCUGACGCCAUCAGCGGUGGCGUUGGCAUUGGCACUCAGGCUAAUGAUGAUGGCGACCACCCUGACGACAUCAGCGGCGACGCCCCUCGCUGCUUCUGGCUUGCCCCCCACUCCAGCGGGCCCCUCACCAGCACCGACUCCAUCCCCGCGCCCAACACCCUACCAGCGAAUGCCAUGCGCUGUCGGCCGGACGCUUUCGCAUUCUGCGGAGCCCAGGAGCUCUUGUUUCUGAGCAACGGCGCAGGCGGCAACCGAGUCGCAACUGCAGCAGCAGCAGCUGCGGCGGGUGCGGGUGCGGGUGACUUGCCAGCUCGGUUUCUGGGCCCUGCAGCAGCCCUGAGCUCGGACGAUGCCGCCGCCUCCACAGCAAACGCAUCAACCCCGGGAGCCCUGUCCCCGGCUGCUUCAGUCCGUCGCAUCGGUGUCUCACCUCCGACCCUGGAAACGAGCAGCAGCAGCAGCAGCAGCAGCAGCCCAGGUGGCAGUGGCCGGGGUGGCGAUGGUGGCCUUGGUGGUGCUGACGCUGCUGAUGCUGGUUCUUGCGGUGGUCAUGCCGCAGCAGGAACAGCAGCAGGAACAGCAGCAGCAGCAGCACGCGCCUGUGAAGGCUCUGAAAGCUGCGGCAGGGGCAGCGGCGGAAGCACCAACACUGGAGAGAGCUGCGGCGGAGGCAGCAGCAGCCACCGCUGCUGCAGUGCGAGUGCAGCGGUUGGGUUAACCGCUAUCGCCGCUGCUGGAAAGGAAGGGACGGGAGCAGGAGCCAGCGGGAACGUGCAGAAGAGGAAUGCAAAUGCGGGAGCCGGCGCAGCAUCAGGUGCAGGAGGUGCUGCUCUCUGUUCCGAUAGCGCCCAUGCGCUUAUAAGCGGUGACAGCGAUGGCGACAGCGACAACCAUGAUCAGCUGAUGUUAACCGCAGGCUCUGAGGACUUGAGGGACGUUUUAGAGGAAGGGCAGGAAAAAGAGGAUUCAAGCGAGGACGACCAGCCGGCUGAUGACCCACGGGUCAUUUGCUCUUUCCAGCCCCCGCCGUUGUCCUACGCCUCUGCUACUCUUUUCACUACUACUACUACGACCACCGCCAGUGCCACCGCAAUGAGCCCAUGCACUGUAUCCGCUGCCGCCACUUCCACCACCGGAACCACCAACUGGACGACCACCGCGCUCAGCCACCUGCUUAGUUCGGUCAACGUGGCUUCCGGCAGCGGCAGCAAAGGGGUCAAUGCGGGUUAUGCCAGCAGGGCCGGCAGCGGCAUCGCAGCCUUGGUGCUCGGCUGUCAAACAAGCGCCGAUGGCAGCUAUGGCGUUGACGCAGCUGGCCCCGGCAGUGGUAAUGGCGCUGGCGGCGGCUGCUGCAGAUUGCUCCGUAUGCAGGGAGGUGGCAGGGAGGUGGGGGGUGGUCUGGGGAGUCGUUUCCGUGCGAUGAGGAGCGACACGGAGGUGGCAUGUCGGGAGGGCUCGCAGCAGGAGGAGGCGACGGAGGAGGAGGAGGAGGCUGGCAGAAGCCGGGACGCGGAAAGGACUCGCGCCCUGCUGACCCCUUCUGGCUCCCACCUAGACCUGGCACUGCUCCAUGGCCCAGCAGCCACCACCCCUACAACCAGCACCACCACUACCACCGCUGUAGCAGCCUCAGCCUCAGCCGCAGCCCUAGCCGAGUCCACAUGCACGCCCCCAGCUGCCGCCCACCGCCCACAAUGCAGUCCGACAACACCCAACAUGGACGAUCCAAUCUCCGCGGCAAUGCUACUACAGACGGGUGUCACCCCGACCUCCUGCCCUGCUGUUGCUGCUCCGCCACCACCCUCUCCGCCCGGCCCCUCCCCCGCAGCCACCCUCACCCUCCCCGGCGGCCUGCUGCUGCGCCCCAUGCGGGUGCUGUCACUGGACCAAGCAGCGCAGCGGCUGCAGCGGACAUCCUUGGUGACUCCCACCACGACUACUAGCACGCCAUCCACCACCGCCGCCACCACCGCCGCCGCCACUGCCGCAGCCGUCGAUAAUGCCACCAUAGCAGGUGCCAGUAUGGCUGUUGGCAGCUGCUCCACAUCCCCCGCCCGGUUACCUCCAGCGUCCUCUGCAGUACACUGCAACGGCGGCACUGCUGCUGGUGCUGCUGCUGGAGGAGCAGCAGGAGCAGGAUACGGCUGGAGGUGGGGUGCAGAUGCGGAUGGCAGGGCGGCGAUUACUCCGGUAACUGCUGUGGCAGCUGUAGCAGCGACAGCGGCAGCAGAAGCCACGCCUGGCAUCAGGCCGCCCGGGCGGUGUGGGGCUGUAGAGCAUAUGGUUGGGGUUGGGGUUGGUGCCGGUGCAGGUGUGGGGGAAGCUGGUGUGACGGCGGGACGGCCUCUCGCUGGUGGCUUCAGCAACAAUGACGGCAGCGGUGCUGGUAGCGGCACCUGCAGCGGGGUGCUUAACGGCGGAAGCAGCCUUGCGGCUGGUAGCGGCAGCGGCAGCAGCAGCAGCAGCAAGGACGGAACAGCAGGACAGGCCAUCCGGGGGGUUGCCAGCGCAGCAGUGCCGAGCUACAUGCCUCGCCGGCUGAAUCGUCUGUACUUGCCAGUGCCGCCGUCCUCGUCACACACGACGACAUCAACAGCAGCGGCAGCGGCGGCAGCAGCAUCAGCAGCAGCAGCGGCAGCGGCAGCAGCAGCAGCGGCAGGGACAGCUGCCAACGCAACCCCACCUGGAGCUCCAAACAGGGCGCAAGCGGACCCCCACUGCGGUGUCAUUGUUAGUGCGCCUGGUGCAGCUAGCCCAUUGCCUGGUGGGCCGUUACCACCACCACCACCACCAGCACCACCACCGGCAUCGCACCCCAUCAACAUCACAACCGCCAUCGCCAUCCCCGUUACCUCAUCUCACUCCACCCUUCAACGCUGCAUCACAGCCCCCUCUCCUCACCCCACCGCCUCCUCCCCUCACCCCACCGCCUCCUCCACCUCCACCUCCGCUCCCUGGCCGCUUCGCCGCCGACAGCGGCUCAGCGACUAUCCCAUCCCGGAGGACGCCCCCAC